CCCAGAAUGCAGCGGGGCCCUGACGCCUGUAGACACGCAGAGGAAGCGGGUGCGCAUGCGCAGUGGGCGGGCGGUGGUUGCAAGAGGAUCCUGGCUGCUUUCUGAAAGGUUGGGCAGGCAGCGGGGCUGGGAGUUCUCCUUGCGGUCCGAGUUUUGGUGGAAAACAAAAGCUGUUUGGCCAGUCCUGCUGAACAUUUCGACAAGCUGCUGGCUCCUAUCCUUCUAGAGUGAUGGCACUCCCCUUCCUGAAAGACUUGGACAAGUAUAAAGACCUUGAUGAAGAUGAGAUCCUGGGGAAGUUGUCAGAGGAAGAGCUGAAGCAGCUGGAAACUGUUUUGGAUGAUCUGGACCCGGAGAAUGCGCUGUUGCCUGCAGGAUUCCGGCAAAAGGACCAAACUUCCAAAAAACCCUCUGCUCCUUUUAACAGGGAGAAACUCCUUUCCUUCUUGGAAAAGCAAGCACUGGAGCUGAAAGACGUGGAAGAUUAUGUCCCCUACACAGGAGAAAAGAAAGGGAAAGUCUUCAUCCCCAAACAGAAGCCAGUACAGACGUACAUGGAAGAAAAAGUGACUCUUGAUCCGGAAUUGGAGGAAGCGUUGACAAGCGCGACUGACACCGAACUUUGCGACCUGGCAGCUAUCCUUGGAAUGCACAACUUGAUAAGCAACUCUCAGUUCUGCGAUAUUGUGGGAAGCAGCAACGGAGUCAGCAAUGAAGGUUUCUCAAACGUAGUCAAAGGUGAAAAGAUGGUUCCUGUCUUUGAUGAGCCUCCAAAUCCAACAAACGUGGAGCAGAGCUUGCAGAGGAUUAAAGAGAACGAUCCUCGGCUCGUCGACGUUAACUUGAACAACAUAAAGAACAUUCCAAUUCCGACGUUGAAAGAAUUUGCCAAGGCACUGGAGAGAAACACCCACGUGGAGAGUUUUAGUCUCGCGGCCACGCGGAGCAACGACCCUGUUGCAGUUGCCUUUGCGGACAUGCUCAGGGCGAACAAAACACUGAAGAGCCUCAAUGUUGAGUCCAACUUCAUCACCUCCGCAGGGAUCCUGGCGCUGGUGGAUGCGCUAAGAGAGAAUGAAACCCUCACCGAGAUCAAAAUUGAUAACCAGAGGCAGCAGCUGGGGACCCCGACGGAAGUGGAGAUCGCAAAGAUGCUUGAGGAAAACACCAAGAUCCUUAAAUUUGGGUAUCACUUCACGCAGCAGGGACCACGGACAAGAGCAGCCAAUGCCAUCACGAAAAAUAACGAUUUAGUCUGGAGCAUAGCAUUUCUGCAAAUCCUGCCUUUCCAUCUCUUCAGCCCUGAAACUUCUGACGCGGGUUAUUGCAAAUGCCUGUUUGGGUUCUGAGCACUGCAAGAGAAACUGCUUGUUAAACUCUCACAGUUCGCAAGAGGAGAGUGGAAGGAGACCAUCCGUAAAUCAAAUGUGCGAGACGCGGAGGACGCGGAGCUCCCCGCCCACAUCUGCUUGGCUUGGGCUUCCACAACCCCGAGAUUUCUUCUUACCUGGGUAGAAGGGAAAAGACUGGAAUUGCCAUUCCUCUUUGUUUGUUUGCUCCUUUUGUGUCUUUGGGACUUGUAUGUGGUAAAAUUAUAUUGUUAUACGUGAUAUCCAACGCCUGAAUAUUUUAUGACCCCAUCUUAACCAAGAUAGCUUCUCGAAAAACCCAUUUUCUUUCCACACUUGGGGGAGAUGCCUUCCAGAAUGAUAAGCACCAAUGCUAAAAUCUGUGUUACGAGCAAUGGGUUUUGGAAAUAUUUUUGACGUCUUACUUCAUCUGCCCUGUUUAUAUACAGUGAUGCGGCUGAUACUAGACAGCAGAUACUUCCAUCAUUCCUUAAAUACUCAGUGUUUUCUCCGUACGGAAAUUACGCUUGACGUUUCUUAUUUGUGUUUGUAUAUAAGAGAAGAGGAUUCCACUUCACGGGACUGCUUUUGCUCGCUUUUUGCCUUCUUGGGGAUAAGCUACGUUGACUAAAAAGGAGAUGGGUUGCUUAAGCCUUUGCAAGGAAGGGCUUGAGUUUUAUUAUAUUUCCCCUGUUAGUUUGCAGAAAAUCACAUUUCAGGUUUUUUGCUUCUUUGUGUCUGAACUGGAUGUAUUUAUAGACCUCUCUUUUUCGGUGUCCUUGGUCUUGUGUUGGCCUAUGUUGCCUUAGUAUUUAAAGUUGGAGGGAAAAUGCUAUAAUAUCUAUGGCAUUCCUCUUCCAUUCCACUGAUCAGAUAACAACUCAAAACUACCUUAAAACAAAACGAAUAAGACUGUUGUCCUUUGAUUGGGUACUUGAUGUGUUGCAAGUUGCGUCGAAACCAUAUCGUUGGAAAAAUCGUUCUGUUGGACAACGGCUCACAGCAUCCCCUAGAUAAGCAGAUUCCGGGAAUUGUAGUCCAAGCAGUGCCUUUGUCCUGCUCUGGAUGGGCAGGAAUGUCUUGUGGGCAACGCCGGUGCUAAAACUAACUCAAACCAAAGCAUGAGAGAUGCUUGAACUGUGUUACACCGUCGGAAACCAAGCAUGGGGGAAUCCGUGUAUCCAUCGCAGUGGUUGCAGCAUGAUCUUUCCUAUUUAGUGCAGCUUGGGUGGCAACUUCGGGAUCCAAGGAUGUUAGUUCUGUAUGUGUAUCCUUCGGAGAAUAAUAUUAUAAUUUCUUAAAUGCCUAACGUAAUCUAAAAGUUACCAGAAGAGAUGAAAACACAAGCAAUUAGUAGAUGUUAUUUGAAGUAGAAGGGAUAUUUGUCAAGUCAACCCAUUCUGUUGUCGAAGGCUUUCAUGGCUGGGAUCACAGGGUUGUUGUAUGUCUUUCAGGCUGUGUGGCCAUGUUCCAGAAGUAUUCUCUCCUGACGUUUUGCCCACAUCUAUGGCAGGCAUACCUCACAACCUCUGAGGAUGCCUGCCAUAGAUGUGGGCGAAACGUCAGGAGAGAAUACUUCUGGAACAUGGCCACACAGCCCGAAAGACAUACAACAACCCUCAGCCCAUUCUGUUGGUGUUCUACUUCCCAGUAUGAAAAGUUUCAGUUGAGUAUUAAAGCAGAGUGGGAAUUGUGCAGCCUUCCAGAUGCUAUGUGCGGCAAAUCCCAGCCGCUCUAUAAACAGUAUAGCAAAUGUUGAAAAAUACUGGGAAUUGCAAUCCAACAACUUCUAAAUGCUCAUCACUAGGAGCAAGUUCUGCGGACAUUCCAGAAAGAAAACGAAUGGCAAAAUAUUGAAUUGCAUAAUUAAAAUAUUAAUAUUGAAUUGCAUAAUUAAAAUAUUGAUAUUGAAUUACAUGAUUAAAAUAUUUUUCCAGUAAGAAGAGCAAGGGGCAACAAAAAUGAAUUGGUGGGUUUGACCACACUGUCUUAGGAGAAGCAGGCCUAACAGCUCGGAUUAGCCAACAAGGGGUUAUGGGCCCAGCGUGCUUCCACUGCACAACUCUGCUAUAUUUCUGAUGGAAUGACUCCAACUGAGGGCCCAUAACCCUUUGUUGGGGAAUCCAAGUUUUUAGGCUUAAGAUAACCCUCAGUUGGGUGAUUCCAUCGUAAAUAUAGCUGAGUUGUGCAGUGGCACAUUUUUGUUGGCCCUUGCUCUUCUUACUGGAAAAAUAUGUCCUCCAUAACACAACAAACUAUUUAAUAGCAUCUAUAGCCAGGGCUCCUUCUGGAUUGGUCACUAGCAUCCUAAAGUUACCAACUAUGUCUUAGGAGAAGCAGGCAUCCGUCAUCCCCGUUUGGUCCAUAACAAAGCAAACUGAAGCAAAAUUUCACCAUGGAAGAAUUCUGCAAAAUGUUGUUUUGUGCUUUCAAGUCAUUUCUGACUUAUAGUGACAUAUCAGACGGGUUUCUCGGCACAGUUGGUUCAGAAGAGCCUUGAUGUUGUCUGCGGCCGAGAGAGUGUGAUUUGCCAAGGUUACUCAGUGGGUUUCAUGUCCGAACGGGGAUUUGAACACAACUCUUAUACUCCAACCACUACACCUCAAUAUUUCCCUCUUCGGAAUGGGCGACAAGGAUGCCCAAACAAUUGCACGUUCUGUUCAUGCACAUUAUUAUUAUUUCACUUUUCCGUUGGGAGUGAAAGCUUUAAAGUCAGGACGUUAUUUUCUCUCUUUGAGGCUUGCAUUUAAGGCACAUAAACAUAACCCUACCUAUUUGUUGAUUCAGUUUCCCAAGAGGCGAACUUCUGUCCAUUUUCGCGGACAAACGGUGGCUCUUCGUUGGAGAAGGGAAUUUGCUUCUUUAGAACAAACCUCCUAUUUUUGUUGAUUGUCUUUAGCUUCCGAUGUUAAGACCCCCCAAUAGAAUGAUUCCACAUUAUAUUAUGAAAUAAUGUGCUUACUAUUAAUACUGUUUACAAAUGUUUAUCUUCUCUUACGAUUUUUGAUACAAAUAACGCUGUUCGUAAGCUGCAAAAAUAAAGCUGUGGUCCGAUCUGGUUGGCAUUUCCGUCAAAGAGGCGGGGAUGGACGUUUUUGCAGUAAGUUGUCAGCUCUGUAUGCUGCCAUUAUUGUAAUAAAAGUAUCCAAAUGGUA